AUGACUGUCACGAAGACAAACUCGUCCAUUUCCCAAGACAGCAAGCUGUUUAAGCCAAUUCAAGUCGGCAAUGCAAAGCUCGAUCACCGUAUGGUCAUGGCGCCUUUGACCCGCUACCGACACGACGACAACCACGUCCCCAUGCCAUUUGUCGAGAGAUACUACUCUGAGCGUGCUACAGCACCCGGCACCUUCAUCAUCACAGAAGCCACCGGAGUCUCGAAGCAGGACACCGGUGUACGCCAAGGCCCAAUGUUUGUCACAGAGGAGCAGGUCGCUGCCUGGAAGAAGGUCAUCGCUGGUGUCCAUGCCAAGAAGUCCUUCUAUGUUCAGCAGAUCUGGGGCCAGGGCCGAGCUGCUGAUCCAGAGUACCAGAAGGAGCGAGGCUUCAAGUAUCGCUCUUCUAGUGCUGUGCCAAUUUCAGAGGACGCUCCUGUCCCUGAGCCCAUGACUGAAGAUGAGAUCCAGACUUUUAUCCAAGAUAUGGUUGCCACUUCUCGACGUGUUAUCGACGCUGGUGGCGAUGCCGUGGAGAUUCACGGUGCACACGGAUACCUGAUUGACCAGUUCAUCGCAGACUCUGUGAACAAGCGAACUGACAAGUGGGGAGGUUCAGUUGAGAACCGAGCCCGUCUUCUCCUCGAAGUCGUCAAGGCUGUCGCUGCAGAGAUUGGCUCAGAAAAGGUUGCCGUGCGCCUAUCACCCUACGCAUCCUUCCAAGGUGCCGAGUCCUCCGACAUCAAGGAACAAUACUCCUACAUCGUCCAGGAGCUGAAGAAGCUUGGACCUCUGGCGUACCUCUCUCUCGUCGAAGCCCGCGGCGACCCUGCAAAGCUCCUGGCUCCCGACAAUGAUGCCUCGACUGAUGCCCUAACUCUCGACUUCCUCCUCGAGAUCUGGGACAAUGUAUCACCUGUCAUGGUUGCUGGCAACUACACCCCCGAAUCUGCAGCCGAGGUUCUCGACGGCCACUAUAGCAAGUGGGAUGUUGUCGUUGCCUUCGGGCGAAGCUUUCUCGCAAACCCUGACUUUGUCUGGCGGGUGAAGAAUGGCGUUGAGUUGAACAAGUAUGAUCGUACCACUUUCUACAUCAGAGGUUCAGAGAUUGGAUAUACCGAUUAUCCUUUCUCGCAGCAAUAUGUCGAUGCUCAGAGGAAGUGGGCUGCGGAGAACCUUCCUCAGCAUGCCAAAUAA